UUUCAAGGAGUUUGCGGCAGUCGCCUAGCACGCCGGUGCCCAGCGCGAAAAACACAUCCGAAUCGCGCUCGCGUUUUUACAAAAAACACAAUUAUUUAUCCUAAAUUCUAAUAUUACAGUUAAAUAUACCGAGAUCAGUUAAAUUCGUUCUAUAUUCUGUUAUUUGUGUGGAGAAUUUUUGUGCUGGAAAACUCAUUUCCAGCGAAUGCACCAGCAGCCCAGCUCAGUUAGGGCGUAAACCAGUGGCCCAUAGACUCCCGGCCUAGAGGCGUGCCCAGAUGAUCGGCUCAUUCUGGAACCUGUGCCGAGCGUGCCCUUCCAUGCCCGUAGAUAAGCUGCACUCCGAGUACCGCAGCACUUACAAAUGGCACGAAUACAAGGAGCAGCAGCAGCAGCAGGGCGUGGUGAAGCAGCCAGCACCCACGCCCCCCUCCGCACUGCCCAUACAGAGGGGGCCAAUGGAGCCAGCGAUGCCUCGUCGCAAGAAGUACCCCGGAGUGGCGUACAAGACGAACGAGCUGUUCGACCCGGCGCCUGCUGACGACAUCAGACCACAGCAGACGUCGGCCUUCGAUAGAGCCAGGAGUGCGCAAAGGAACGAUGCUGAUCGCGCUGGGCGCCGCAGCAAGUCUGAAGGUCCACGCCAGCCGCGCUGGACUGACACCGUGGAACCCAAGGCUACGACGGCGUUGGGAGAGGUGAUGGCAGCCAAGGAACCGGAGAUAGUUAGCACGGAGUACCGUAACCAGUUCGCGUGGCCCAAGGACACCACUGAUGCUCCCAGGAAGAGCAUCUCCAUGGGAGCGCUGAAGAAGGCUGCCGUAGCUGAAGGUCUAGUAGAAGCUGAACCGCUCAUGAACCACGUGGACGGUGAUCAUGAUGACCACAAGCGGUACAUCGAAGAUUACCUCUGGAAUGGACAGAAACCUGGAGUACAGAGAAAAUCGACGUUCCGUAACGCGCUAUCGGCCCUCAUAUCCAACGGGGAGGAUCGUUCCAAAGAUAAUAGGAAACGUUACAAAAGCGAGUACAAAAAGAAAUUUAGACCGUUCUCUCAAUACGUGUACGAGGCGUCUAAAGGGACAUUUACGAAAUGCAGGGGGAAAGGGAAGGCAAAUGAGGAGGCGAGCGAGAGGAUGCUGGGGGAUGCGGGGCAGGGGGUGUCGGGGGCGAGUGCGGGGCAGGGGAGCGGGGCGGGAGGGGUAGCGGGGGUCGGAGAUGCCGGGGAGGACAGCGCCAACACGCUGCGCGCGGCCGGCUUGCAACCGCUCGGCCUGGCCCAGGGUGACUCCUGGUACCGAGAGGUGCUGGACCUGCGCAAGCGCGCCGGCGAGUACAAGUACCGCGGCUGGGGGACAGAAAUGGCGCCAGAACACAUCACACAGCUUUACAAUAAGCAGAUCGAACUCUGGUACCAAGUGUCCCGCCGAUCCUCGCUGUCGGCAUUAUCACUAGCUUCCACAAAUCACAAGGCACUGCCUCGCGACGAGAAAGAUGGAAAGGAAUCCAAGGGCCACUCGCCGAAGAAGUUCAGGUCCUUCAGGUCCGCCCCUCACCAGUCUAUCCACGCGAAGUUACAAGAGACGAAGGCGCUGGAACGCUCGCCUCAUAAGACUUCGCCUCAGAAGCAGAGGAAGAAGCUGCAGGGACAUAGCUUCGAUGAAGGUGCUACCCAGGAUGGAGCCAAGGGAGAGAAUGCAGCCUUCAGGUCUCCCAGGCGGCGACCUCGUUCAGCUGACCCGGCGCCUGCCGCAGCACAUGUUAAGCUCCUCGCCAAUGGGCACGAACCUCACCCAGCGCCCAUCAAACCCACUGGUUUGCAGUUGAGUAGAGGGAGUAGUAAUAGAGUUAGGUCGACAUCAAGGGGCGGGCGGUCACCGUCAGCGCCGAGCAAAACUGGGGCUGGGGCUACGGGGACAACUGGGGCUACGGGAACAAAUGGGGCUCCGGGCCGAGGGCGCCGCAGCCGAAGUGUGUCAAAAGUCGGCAUAAAGUUGGAUGACGAGAUCCCCUCGCACCGCAGCGCCUCCGUAGCAAAGGAUCAUUUCUUCGACGACUCUCCUGUCGUGAAGUCGCCCCCUGAACCAACCAGGGUCAAGUCUCCGGAGCAAAUGAACAUGCGAUCUCCUGAUCCUGUCAACUGGACUGUCCCACUGGACACCGGCAAGACGUUUACCGUCACCCAAAAUGUGAAAAGCGAUGAGAGCAUUAAGCGCCCUAGCUCUGAGUUUAAGGGUGGCUCCGUAGCCGAAGAAGCAACUGUGAAGCCGGCAGAAAUCGCUCCGAUUCAUCACCAGCAAAUGUCGCCAAUACGUUCGCUGAAAAAGAGCGAAUCGCCAACCAGCCUGAGCAAGCGCACCGACAAGACACCGACCACGCCGAUUAGCCUUACUCCCAUCGAUGAGACGAAGGCUUUAGACAUGAACAAAGUUAAUGGGAUCAAUGGCGUGAACGGAGUCAAUGGCGUCAACAGCAAUGAGCUUACCCCUGAAACCCCUACUCAGGAACCCAUUCAAGAGAAGGAACUGAUCAAGAAAUCGACUGAGGCCACCCAGAUAGCUCCUGGAGUGGUGGAUACUAACGUGGUGAAUGAGGCUCCGGCCACCGGUGGUCUGACCGCCUCGGAGAUACUAGAUAGGGCCCGCACGAGGUUUGACAAGUUCUGGGGCAAAAAAGAAGAAGACAACGUUUAGUUGUUUCCAAGUUAGAUU